UCAUGGCAGGUGAUAUGAUGUUACUGAUGAGAGGCUUGGCCAAGCUGAGCCAGGCGGUUGUGGAGACUCAGGCCAAUGCCCUGCGCAGUGGGACAGGAGUCCCAGGAAUUGGUGCUGCUGUCCAGAGUGUCCAGUCAGCUGCAGAGCAAGGCCUCUCUGCUGCCAUGAUGAAAAUGGAGGAGCUAUCAGGCCAGCAGCAAACCUCCUCCGAGUCAGAGUUUGAUUUUCCUCAGGAUGACAGUGCGUUUGCAUCUUCAGAGUUCAGGGAGGAGGGUGAUUAUACAGUGAAUCACUCAGGAAGUAGCAGUGACGAAACCACCCAUCACAGCACAGCAGCUGGGGCAAGCCAUGUUGGUGGGAAAAAGUCUCUGUUUGAGGGAUACAAAGACCCCAGCAAACAGUUUAGUGGAGACACCAGAUCUUACCACCAAGAUGCCAGAAAUUUCAUUGGACACCAUCACCUCUACAACCACAGUCUGAACAGGCAUGUGUGGGGACAGCUAUACUGUCAGCAUCAGGUCACGCCGAUCAGGAGCUACCAUCAGGACCCAUCCACAGUUGGAGGGCUGACGGCCGAAGACAUUGAGAAAGCGAGACAAAGCAAGAGGGCUGAGACCAAACCACACAAACAGAUGCUGAGUGAGAGAGCCAGAGAGAGGAAAGUGCCUGUGACUCGCCUCAGCAGACUGGCCAACUUCGGAGGUCUAGCUGUAGGGUUGGGUAUUGGAGCUCUGGCAGAAGUUGCUAAGAAGACCAUCAGACACGGUGCAGCAGGUGAAAAUAAGAAAGCAGUUCUGGACUCAAGCCCCUUCCUAUCCGAGGCCAACGCUGAACGCAUCGUCAGAACCCUCUGCAAAGUCAGAGGAGCUGCGUUAAAACUGGGACAGAUGCUUAGCAUUCAAGAUGAUGCAUUCAUCAACCCUCAGCUUGCCAAGAUCUUUGAGCGUGUAAGACAGAGUGCUGACUUCAUGCCAAUCAAACAAAUGACAAAAGCGUUGAACAGCGACUUGGGUCCUAACUGGAGAGACAAGCUGGAAUCGUUUGAGGAGCGUCCAUUUGCAGCAGCAUCCAUUGGCCAAGUUCACUUGGCAAGGAUGAAGGAUGGCAGGGAGGUGGCCAUGAAAAUACAGUACCCCGGUGUGGCUCAGAGUAUCAACAGUGAUGUCAACAACCUGAUGACAGUGCUGAAUAUGAGCAAUGCCCUGCCUGAAGGUCUGUUUCCAGAGCAUCUGAUAGACGUAAUGAGAAGAGAACUAGCACUGGAGUGCGACUAUAUUAGAGAAGCCCAGUGUGCAAAGAAAUUCAGGGAGCUACUGAAGGACCAUCCAUUCUUCUAUGUACCAGAGGUGAUUGAGGAGCUGAGCAGCAGCCAUGUCCUGACCACAGAGCUUGUCCCUGGGUUUCCCCUGGACCAGGCUGAGAGCCUGACACAGGAGUUAAAGAACGAGAUCUGCUAUAACAUCUUGAUGUUGUGCCUCAGAGAGCUGUUUGAAUUCAGAUACAUGCAGACUGACCCAAACUGGUCCAACUUCUUCUAUGAUCCACAGACACACAGGGUGGCACUGUUAGACUUUGGAGCCACGAGAGGGUUUGAUCAGAGUUUCACAGAUGUCUACAUAGAGGUAAUCCGUUCAGCUGCUGAGGGCGACAGUGAGGGAGUUCUGAAGAAAUCUAUCGAGAUGAAGUUCCUAACUGGGUAUGAGUCAAAGGCAAUGGUGAACGCUCACGUGGAUGCGGUGAUGAUCCUCGGCGAGGCCUUCGCCUCCACAGAGACCUUCGACUUUGGCUCUCAGUCCACCACAGAGAGAAUCCACAACCUCAUCCCAGUGAUGCUCAAACACCGUCUCACCCCGCCUCCAGAGGAAACGUACUCGUUGCACCGCAAGAUGGGCGGCUCGUUCCUCAUCUGCUCCCGGCUGAAUGCGAAACUGCGGUGUAAAGAGAUGUUCCAAGCGGCGUAUAAGAAGUACUGGGAAGGCCGCACGCCGCCGUCUAGCUCAGCCUAAGCCAGGCUCAAGUGUCAGGUGUUUUGAUGGACAGGUCCUGGGGCCAACGGCAAAGGGUUCGUCGGGGUGAGAAGGUGCAGAACUGCAGAGCGGACGCCAUGUUACCCACCCUUAACUGGUUGCUGAGCACCAGCUUAUUUUUCUCAGUUUGGGCGGCCCACUGCAGUGAAGUUUUGAAAGGGAAAGGGAGCAGCAACAUUGCAUCUGGAGUGAUUUAAGGCCAAACUCUUAUCUAUAUAAGGCCCUGAGAGGACAGACUGAAAAGAGGUGGGAAGUGGAUGGAAAGACAGAGAGAAACAGCCUUGUUAAGGUGUAAAAUGAAUGUAAAAAGUUUGGCAUUUCCUCUCUUCUCAUGUUUUCAAGAUUCUUUUUGUGGGUUUUGUUUGUUUGUUUUGCAUUGCUGUGUUUUGUUGAGCUUUUGAAAAAACACACCAAGUGUCCAAGUGUUUGCCAUCUGCCAGAAAUAUAUUGGGUGGUGGCAUUGAUUGUAUUAAGGUAGAGGACUGAACUUGUAUUGUUAAGUCACAGUCACAGAAUAAUGGGGUUAAUACAGUAUAUUGGCAGUAAGAGUCACAUUGUUGACCAGGACCAACUUGUCUGGCUCACAAAUAUUUCUGCUUCUUUUAUUUUUCAGGACGGUUUGAUUAGAUUGUCUGGACAUAAAUGAUUUAGGCUCAGUCCAAAUGUAGACAGCAAAGCAAAUGCUACAGGUUUGAUACGCACAGAAGAGUUAAGAAACAGAUCAGUGUUCAAGUUAUGAUGUUGCCAAGCGAUCAAGUUCAGGUUAAUUUAGCCAUUUGUAGAAAAUGUGACAAACUGGAAUUUGUCAGCAUUUACACGCACAAAGAUGUGACUUUUAACUCAUUUAUAUGUAGUGUACAGUAUCCUCUCUCAUUGUAGUCAUCCAAAUUUACAGUACUGAAUGAUGCUGUUGCUGGUUGUAGCUUCUUAAGGAAACAUACCAUUGAUUGAAACUUGUCUGUUUCAAAUGGCAUCCAGGAUCUGUAUGUUUUAAUGAAGCUCAGUUUAAGGCAUCAUUUUACUCAGUUUGUGUCUUCAGAUGAAAGUCUGCAGAGCUCCUGCUAGAGUUUUUUUUCUCCUUAUUGUCCUGAUAAAUUAUGGUUAUAUAUAGUUAAGAUUUAUUGCAUGAAUUCCAGUUAAUUACUAACAACUGUGGCUCAGAAUAGAAAUUCUGUCAGACAUAAUUUAGAUUCAGUUUUGAGGAGAUUGUAAAAAUCAGAAAUGAACCCACAUGGAUCCAUGUUGCUCUCUCUAAGAAGAUAAGACCCAUAUCAACACGGGCCCAUGCUUAGUCAUGAAUAUUAAUGAAGAGGGAUGGAAGAGGCUCAUCCUGAUAUCGCACAAGCUCAGCUCAUGGGCUCACCUUGCUUCCAAGCCAGUAAUCUCUCCACGCCUUCUCAGGUGUGAAAUCCUCCAUCACCUGGCUGAUGUGUGACUGUGAACGUUCUCUCUACUCUGCUGUGUGAAUACAGUUAUAAUGGUCUCUGGUGUGAAGAUGAAAAAAUGAAACAAAACAAACAAACAAAAAAAAAAGGUGCCUGUAGUUUCCAGUGGAAGUUUUUCUUUAGCUAGAAAAAAUCUCUACUUUAUAUUUCAUAUCAAGACUCAGUGAAAGGAUUGUUUAAAUUUUCUAAUCAAAAUGCAUUCUUAACUGAAAGUUGUGAUAAAGAUAUUCCAUGAAAAGAGUAAACAUUUGAUCUACUCUCA